AUGACCCGAUCACUUCGCAUCGCCGUUCUGGAAUGUGAUACGCCGCUCCCCGCCAUCACGGACCGACUCGGAGGUUAUGGAGAGAUCUUUGCGCGAUUGCUGAACAAGGGUCUCAAGGAAUCUGGGGAGACGACGGUGGAGAUUCAAGAUGUUAGCAAGUGGAAUGUCGUGAAUAACCCGGUCUUUCCUGAGGUGAAUGAGUUUGAUGCUCUCUUGAUCUCGGGCAGCAAACAUGACUGCUUCGCGGAUGAUCCUUGGAUUGUGAGUCUUACUGAGUAUGUUCGGGGAGUUCUUGAAGAGCACAAGAAGCCAGUUGUUGGGAUUUGCUUCGGCCACCAGAUUAUUGCUCGCGCUUUGGGGUCGCGCGUUGGCCGUGGUGAUGGUGGAUGGGAAAUUUCUGUUGACGAGAUCACUUUGACGGAUGCUGGCAAGGAGCUGUUUGGCAAAGACAAGCUGUACCUCCAACAAAUGCACCGUGACGUGGUCCACGAGGUGCCCGAGGGAUGCGUGAAUCUCGGCUACAGCCCUCGAUGCGCGGUCCAGGGCCUUUACCAGCCAAAGAAGAUCUGGAGUGUUCAAGCGCAUCCUGAGUUUACCGAGUUCAUCAUGUCUAAUGUCCUAGACGCUCGGCAUAAGAACGGGGUAUUCAAUGACGAGAUGUAUGAGGAUGCCGCUUCAAGGGCAGGAAAACCUCAUGAUGGAGAGUUUUUAGCGACGCAGAUUAUCAAGUUUAUUGCGGAGUCUACAGCAUAG